AUGGCCUUCACAGCAUGGCUGGCGGGCGAGGCGGUGCACGGCGCAGGGCAGGCCGCGCUGCUGUGGGCAGCCCGCGGUGAGUGCCCAGCCUGCACGUGCGCGCCGGCCCUCACGUGCCCCCCUGGUCAGGAGGCGGCGCGCGUGGACUGCCCAGGCGGGUCCCCAGGGUGGGCGCUGUCAGCGGUGGCCCUCGCUGGCGUGACUGGCUUCGCUGGAGGGCUCCUGGCCGCGCGGUGGCUGGGCUCCUGGCAGCCGAUCGCUGGCCUCCCGCCUCAGCCCUCUUUGGAGGAGGAGGCUAGAGCGCAGGCGGCUGCAGUCAGAGCGCGGGCCUGUGCCUCUGGACACCCUUUGGCUCUGGACGGAUUCGACGAGGGCGAUUUCAUCCUGGUGCUGUAUCGCGUGGGAGGUGGCCGGAUCUGGCACGAGCGCCUGAUCCUGGCGUUUCAGACGGUGCCGCCCUUCGGGACAGGGGUCUUGACUCCAGAUGGGCACGCCUACGUCUACCGAUUCCGUGGUCUCCCUCUUCCUGGAGAAGUCGCGACGGGUGCCGCCUCUGUUCGAGGCACUCUUGGGCUGGGCGCUGGGCCGCCGAUCGCGCUGAACACGGCAGGGCGUGGCAUCGCAGCCGUGGUGGGCGCUCCGGCUGGCGCUGGGCCUGCGGGGGCCCCCGCUGCGGGCGGGGCCGGCGGCGCUCCUGGGGCUCUGGGCGGACUGGCAGGGCUAGCGGCAGCCCUCGGAGGCGGCCCAGCAGCCGCGCCAGCUGGCGCCGCCGCCCUUGUGCCAGUGGCGGCCGCACCUGCACCUGCGGCAGGAGGAGCUCCAGCUGUCGUGCCUCUUGGCGGAGGAGGGGCGCCCCCCGCUGCUCCUGGCGCCCUUGGCGGCGCCGCCGUGGCGGCGCCGGCCUCUGGGCCUGCCGCCGCCCCCGCGCCUGCCGCAGGUGGUGGCCCUGGUCCUGGUGGCGUGGCCGCAGCUCUGGCCGCCAUCGCUGGCGCUCCAGGAGGCGAUGCUCGGAUUCAGUCGGUCGCCUUCGACACGCAGGGGGUGAGAUAUGUGGACUUCCGAGCUGCAGUGGUUCGCCUUCACGAACUGCCAUGGGGCGAUUGGCCUCUCAAGGGACCUCGCACGCUGCUAUGGGUGCUGAGCUUCAUAUGCCGCAAUGGGGGAACGCCCCUUGGCAGGCGCACGAAGUGGGUUUCGGAGGGGCACCUGGAGGCGGACGAUCCUGGAGUGGACAUCCACUUGCUGUGCUGCCGCCUCCUCGAGCUGGGCGUGGUCUACGAUCAGCUCCACGUGACCAACAUUGCGGCCAUGGAGCUGGUCGGGCGGACCCUCCAGACGCAGGAGGAACUGUACCGAGACAGUUUCGCGGCGUCUUCGGAAUUCGGCUCAGACGCUGCGCUGAUGUCGGGUGCUCUGGACGCUGGCGGCAACGCGUGCGUAGCCCCUGCUCUGAGGGACUGGCUGGCCGCCGAGAAGGCGCGCGAGGCCAACAUAGCCAGGGAGCGGCGCAAGGCACCUCUGGCGACGGGCGCGGCAGCGAUGGCCGAGGUCGAGGGCGCGGCCGCGGCCGCGGACGAGGCAGAGACGGCCAUCAUGCACAUCACGGACAGCAUCGACGAGCUUGGGCGCCCGCCGCCAGAGUUCAUGUCUGGUAGCGCUGCCGAAGACGGAGCCCUCCGGGAGCUCCUCUCUUGCGCCAACCUGUACGGUACUGGCGCCGCGACGUCGACCCCCUACGUCAGCGACAGAGUCGCAUGGCCUGCCGCGGGUGGGACCCCAGUGGACAUCGUCGAGCUGGUGCCGCCCGUGGAUAGGGUCUGGCUGGAGGGUUGGCGGAGUCAUAUGCUUCGAGAUCCGCGUGCUGCUGCUGCUCUGGCCAGGGAGGCAUGCCCGAAGGGGCCUUUUUGCGAUCCCGCCCUGACGCGCGACGUGAGCACGUACGGUCGUUUUUGGAUUCAGAUGUACGAGAGACAGAUGGUCAACUUCGCGGCGGACUCCGGCAUGUACAUGUCCACCUGCGACCUGGAGUGCGCCUUCUACCACAUGAAGCUCCCUGAGGGCAUGGAGGUGAUGUUCACCUUGCCGCCGAUCAAGGCGGGGGUGCUUCGGGAGCUCGGCCUCAUGGACCUCGACUUCGACCCGUUGGUGUCGCUCUCGCCCCAGGAUGGCAAUCCUGGGGUUAACGUGGUUGAGAAGAAUGCCGUGGGGGUGGCCGCCUACGUCGAUAACAUCCUCGUCUUCGGCGGCUGCAAGUCCUUGGUGGAUGAGACUAUGAAUAGGCUGGUGGGCACCUUCAGGAGGCGCGGACUUCCAGUGCACGAGAUCGAGAACGCUGCUCUGGAUGCCGACUUCCUUGGCCUCAGCCUCCGCGGUGGAAGAUAUCUUCGCAUCAAGCCUCGGAACGUUUGGAGACUCCAUUUUGCGAUAUCCAGUUUGUUGAGGCGUGGAUGGUGCUCCGGCCACAUGAUCCGUGCGGUGCUUGGUCACGUGGAGCACCUGGGCAGCUUGGGGGGUCACGCGUUGAAGAAUCCAGAGGACAUCCAGGAGGCCUGCACCUUGGGCGUCCACGGUGAGGGCUUGGGCAUCCCUGUGGAGCACAACAUGACCGAGGCCCUGAGGUUCAGCAUGGACCCUUGGGAGCUCGACGAGGGAUCGCGCACCUCUUCGGCCUUGACGAGGCACCGCGCGAUCCUGGCUGCCAAAGCCACGGGCGGGAGCACCGGCACGCUGGCCAUGAGCCUGCUGGAGCAGCAGGCGGUGAGACUGAACACAGAAGCCUUCUACCGGCAGCCGCAACACACGUUCGUGAGCUACUGUGCGGACCGCCACCUGGACUGGAGCACGUUGGGCCAGUUGGACUCGAUCCUGGCGGAGUACCUCACCGCGCGCCACCUGGCGCAGAGGCUGACGCCCGGCCGCAUCGUGCAGCCGUCCAUCGGCGCGGGCGCCGCGUUCCAGUUCUGGGGCCUCCUGCUGCACCCCGCAGACCGCGGCCAGGGCGGGAUGACGGGGGCGUUCGACGUGCCGAUCCCUCUCGAUCUCGACCUGUACCUCGUGCCGGUCCUCGUGGCGCUCCGCCUGAAGGGGCCUGUCGCGACGCUUCUGUGGGGAUUCAGUCUCGGCCAGCGGAACCUGAUGUUCUUUCUUGCGGCAACGACCCUGGGCAUCAACCACUUGCGCCCCCACUUGUUCAGGAUGAGGCAGGGCGGAGUGAGCUACGACCUUUUGACGCAGAGGCGAUCGAUGGAGCGGGUGCGCCGCAAAGGCCGCUGGGCCGUCAUGUCGUCGAUGCGGCGCCACGCGAAGGAGACGGCUCUUCUGCGCGAGCUUCAGGACGGGGCGGAGGUCGUGCACGCGCGCGGCCACCUCGUGGAAGGGCGUUUCUGCGAGCUGCUGGAGAUGGGCUUCCUCAGAAACUGGUGCCUCGCCCAGGUGCCCUCCCAACUAGUGGGGGCAAUGCAGCUCUGCGGCCCGGCGCGCGGCAGGCGGGCUCAGAGGAGGCCCGCAGCUGCGGCGCAGUGA